AUGGCUGGCGAAUUGUCAGAGAAACCCCAGACCGCGGGGUCGGGGAGUCUGUCAUCCAGUAAUGGGGGCUCAUCCAUAUCUGAGCAUGAUUCCACACACAAUCAAAAGGUCGGGGGAGGAGAAAAGGUCUUGCCAACGGAAGAGAAUGAUCUCUCGAAAUUAGAUACAAACAUUAUCAAGGUUGCCCCCAAUAAGGAUGAGGAUAUCUACGCACAUCUUCCUCCUCACGAGGCGGCAAUAUUAAAACGCCAAGUCGAAUUGCCAGAAUUAUCCUCGGGUGUUGGAAAUUUGUAUCGCUUCUCGACGACAAAUGAUAUCAUUAUCAUGGCUAUCAGCGCCAUCUGCAGUAUCGCGGCGGGAGCUGCAUUACCUUUGAUGACGGUUAUCUUCGGUCAAUUGGCGGGAACCUUUGCAGAUUACUUUGCAGGCCAAUCUACGAGAGCUGACUUCGAUCAUACCAUUAACCAUAUGGUUCUCUACUUCAUCUACCUAGCCAUCGCUGAGUUCACCACCAUCUACAUUUCGACAGUUGGUUUCAUCUACGUCGGUGAACACAUCAGUGGAAAGAUCAGAGCACAAUACUUGGCGGCUUGCUUGCGCAUGAACAUUGGUUUCUACGAUAAAUUGGGAAGCGGCGAGAUUACCACAAGAAUCACCGCUGAUACCAAUUUGGUUCAAGAUGGUAUUUCCGAAAAGGUUGGCUUGACGAUCAAUGCCUUGGCUACAUUUUUCACUGCUUUUGUGAUCGGUUUCAUCAAGUCAUGGAAAUUGACCCUUAUUCUCACAUCUACCGUUGCAGCUAUCACCGUUAUCAUGGGAGGAGGCUCCAGGUGGAUCGUUAAGUACAGCAAACAAUCUCUUGGGUCCUAUGCUACCGGAGGAUCUAUCGCAGAAGAAGUCAUUUCAUCCAUCAGAAAUGCCACUGCCUUUGGUACCCAAGACAAACUCGCACGUCAAUAUGACAAACAUCUUGCUGAGGCUGAAAAAUAUGGCUACAAAACCAAGUUUUCUUUAGCUAUCAUGGUUGGAGGCAUGUUUUUAGUCAUCUAUCUUAAUUAUGGUCUAGCCUUCUGGAUGGGAUCCAGAUUCCUUGUCAAGGGAGAGAUCACUCUCUCCAACAUUCUCACAAUUUUGAUGUCUAUCAUGAUUGGAGCUUUUGCUUUUGGAAAUGUUGCUCCUAAUGCCCAGGCUUUCACUACUGCUAUUUCCGCUGCCGCGAAGAUCUUCAACACCAUCGACCGUGUUUCUCCCUUGGAUCCAACCUCUACUGAAGGUAUCAAACUCGAUCACGUAGAGGGAACUGUCGAAUUGAAAAACAUCAAGCACAUCUAUCCAUCCAGACCUGAGGUCACAAUUAUGGACGAUGUCAGUUUGGUUAUCCCUGCUGGUAAAAUGACGGCUCUUGUCGGUGCAUCUGGGUCUGGAAAAAGUACUAUUGUGGGUUUGGUGGAGAGAUUCUACGAUCCCGUUGGUGGCCAGGUUUUGAUUGAUGGACAUGAUGUUAGUACUUUGAAUUUGCGAUGGUUACGACAACAGAUUUCCUUAGUCAGCCAGGAACCUACAUUAUUUGGAACCAGUAUCUUUGAAAACAUUCGACAUGGACUUAUCGGAACCAAGUUUGAACAUGAAAACGAAGAACGUCAAAGAGAAUUGGUUAUUGAAGCUUCCAAGAUGGCCAAUGCACAUGACUUUGUUAGCGCUUUACCAGAAGGAUACGAGACAAAUGUUGGGGAAAGAGCUAGUUUACUCUCUGGAGGUCAAAAGCAACGUAUUGCCAUUGCAAGAGCUAUGGUCAGCGACCCAAAGAUUCUCCUACUCGAUGAAGCUACUUCCGCUCUUGACACAAAAUCUGAAGGUGUUGUACAAGCCGCUCUUGAGGUCGCUGCCGAAGGACGAACCACUAUUACAAUCGCUCAUAGACUUUCCACCAUCAAGGACGCUGACAACAUUGUUGUCAUGACUGAAGGACGCAUCGUGGAACAAGGAACCCACAACGAUUUACUUGCUCGACAAGGUGCUUACUAUAGAUUGAUCGAAGCGCAAAAGAUUGCUGAAACCAAAGAAAUGUCUGCUGAGGAAGAGGCGGAGAUUGACGCCAAAGAUGAUCAGCUCGUACGCAAAAUGUCUAACAAGGUCGGAGGAAUUGAAUACACUGAGGAUCCAGAUGACAAGAAUAUCCUCAACAAGUUAAUGCGAACAUUGACAGAAAAAUCCCAGUCCUCUCUCGCACUUCAAGGCAAGAUCUCCCCUUCUGAACAACAUGAUUCAUUGUGGACGUUGAUUAAGUUGAUUGCUUCGUUCAACAAAACUGAAUGGAGACUGAUGUUGGUCGGUUUGUUCUUUUCCAUCAUCUGCGGUGGAGGUAAUCCAACUCAAGCCGUGUUCUUCGCCAAGAAUAUCAUUUCGCUUUCCUAUCCCGUUAUUCCUGCCAAUUUCCAUACAAUCAGGCACGAUGUCGAUUUCUGGUCUUUGAUGUACCUUAUGUUGGCAUUUGUUCAAUUCAUUGCAUUCUGUGGUCAGGGUAUUGCUUUUGCUUUCUGCUCAGAGAGACUCAUCCACAGAGUCCGUGACCGUGCGUUCCGUACGAUGCUCCGCCAGGAUAUUCAAUACUUCGAUCGGGAAGAACACACUGCAGGUGCUCUCACAUCAUUCUUGAGUACUGAGACUACUCACGUUGCAGGUUUAUCUGGAGUCACCUUGGGUACGCUCUUGACAGUCAUUACUACUCUUAUCGCUGCAUGCGCGCUCUCUCUCGCUAUUGCUUGGAAGUUGGCACUUGUGUGUAUCGCUACUAUUCCUGUUUUACUUGGUUGUGGUUUCUUUAGAUUCUGGCUCUUGGCUAGAUUCCAACAAAGAGCGAAGAAAGCAUAUGAGAAGAGUGCUAGUUAUGCUUGUGAAGCUACUGGUGCUAUCCGAACAGUUGCAUCCUUGACUAGAGAAGACGAUGUCCUCGCUCACUAUACCGAUUCUCUCAAGGCUCAAGAACAAAAGAGUCUGAGGUCAAUUUUGAAGUCUUCGUUGCUUUAUGCUGCAUCUCAAUCUCUGAUGUUCCUCUGUGUUGCACUUGGAUUUUGGUAUGGUGGCCAACGCAUUGCCAACAAGGAGUACACUAUGUUCCAAUUCUUCGUCUGUUUUUCGGCUGUCGUCUUUGGUGCCCAAUCUGCUGGAACCAUCUUUUCCUUCGCACCGGACAUGGGUAAAGCCAAGCAAGCCGCCCAGGAACUCAAGAUUCUCUUUGAUCUCAAACCCACCAUUGACUCUUGGUCUGACGACGGAGAGCGUAUGGAGUCCAUGGAAGGAUAUGUUGAAUUCCGUGAUGUUCAUUUCCGCUACCCCACUCGUCCGGAACAGCCAGUUCUCCGUGGUCUUGACCUUCAAGUCAAGCCUGGACAAUACGUUGCUUUGGUUGGUGCCUCCGGUUGCGGUAAAUCCACCACCAUCGCUCUUCUCGAACGUUUCUAUGAUCCUCUCGUUGGCGGUAUCUACGUCGAUGGCAAGGAAAUUUCCACUUUGAAUAUCAACGAUUACCGCUCGCACAUUGCUCUCGUAUCUCAAGAACCAACCCUUUACCAAGGCACAAUCCGUGAGAAUAUGCUUCUUGGAGCCGAUCGCGAAGAUGUUCCCGAUUCCGAAAUCGAGUUCGCAUGUCGUGAAGCUAAUAUCUACGAUUUCAUCAUGUCACUUCCGGAUGGAUUUUCUACAAUCGUUGGUUCUAAAGGAAGCAUGUUGUCUGGUGGUCAGAAACAAAGAAUUGCUAUCGCUCGUGCUCUACUUCGUGAUCCCAAAAUCUUGUUGUUGGAUGAGGCUACCAGUGCUUUGGAUUCGGAGAGUGAACAUGUUGUGCAAGCAGCAUUGGAUAAGGCGGCAAAGGGAAGAACUACAAUUGCUGUUGCGCAUAGAUUGAGUACAAUUCAAAAGGCGGAUUGUAUCUAUGUUUUCGAUCAAGGAAGAGUUGUAGAGAGUGGUACACAUACAGAACUUAUUCACAAGGGAGGUAGAUACUCGGAGUUGGUCAACUUGCAGAGUCUGGGAAGACAUAAGUAA